UAGAAAAAACAGAAAAUUAAUUCAGUAAUUAUAUUAUUUGAUAUUUAUGUGGAGACUGAGUUUACAUUUAGAGUUUAAAAACUAAAAAUCUAUUUUCUUUUUGGCAUUUCUGCUUUCAAUCACUAGGGGGCGGACUUUAUUUUUUUCGGGUUCGGAGGUCAUCUCACCGGAAGCACGUGAUUGCACUGCGAGUGAGGGAAAAAAAAACACGCACUGGUCUCUCAGUCUCCACAUGUGCAACACAGUCUGCUUCAUGCUAAGAAAAGGAUUACAAGUGUUGUGAGGCUGGCUUAAAGUCGCAGUUUUCUGAUUGGAGUUUGGUGCAGAGGACAGAACAAACAUGGAGGACAUGAGCUUCAUUAAGCUGCCGGCCGAUGAGGGCAAACAGCCGGCCAAGAAGAGGACGAAACUCCCGCAGUCUAGCCUGGUGGAAGAAGAGGAGGAGCGGCGGAGGAACGUAAAGAACCUGGCGGUGCUGGGGGAGAAGAACAGCUCGGUGAAGCUGCUGGAGGAGCUGGUGUUCGGGGCCGAGGAGGAGCUGCUGGAGAGACUCGUGGAGGAGGACGAGGACCAAACCGGACUCCUGCUGCUGGAGGACAAAGAUGAAGAGGAGGCAAAGGAGUCUGAGGAUGAGGGUGGAAUGCGGAAGGAGCCGCAGGCAGAGAAGAAAGCGGCGUGGGUGGACGAGGAUGACGAGCUGGAGGAAGAGGUGGACAUGAAGCACCGUUUCCGUAGAAACCUGAUGAAAGGCGAGGCAGAGUCCACCAUGACCAAACAGAAACUGCAGCAGAGGAUGAGGGAGCAGUUCCAGAAGGCGAUGGGAGGAACGCCAUCAUGGGCGGAGAGCAGCGACCAGAAGAGGAGGAGGAGGAGAGAUGAGGAGGAUGAAGAUGAGGAGGAUGACCUACUGAGGAGGACGGGAAACUUUGUGGCGUCCUCGGACAGCCUGCCCAGCGGCAUCCUGAGGGUGAAGAAGUGUCUCCACGCCAACAGCACCCGUCCGUCUGAGGACAGGCUGACCACUGUCCAGUUCCACCCCAGCGCUCAAGUCGUCAUGACGGCCGGCCUCGACCAGUCCGUCUCCCUGUUCCAGGUGGACGGGAAGACGAACCCGAAGAUCCAGAGCAUCCACCUGGAGCGCUUCCCCGUCCACAAGGCGCAGUUCAGCGUGGACGGGGAGACGGUGAUCGCCACCAGCCUCAAGAACAAGAUGUUCUACCUGUACGACAUGAUGGAGGGCCGCGUCUCACCUGUGCACACCGUCAGAGGUCUGAAUGAAGCUCGAGUGAAGGAGUUCUCCGUGUGUCCUGAAGGAGGCGCUCUGCUGCUCACAGGCACCAACGGAUACCUGCACGUCCUCACCCUCAAGACAAAGGAGGUGGUUCGCAGUAUGAAGAUAAACGGUGAUGUCAGCGGCGUCGCGUUCUCUCCUGAUGGCAGCAAAGUCUUUGCAAACUCAGGUUGCUGCAUUACAAAGAGUUCUGAGGGGCGGAGCUUCGAGCAGGAAUCAGACCGUUUCUGUAAAUACUGAAACCUGCAGAGGACCAAUCAGCUGCAGGAGGCGGAGUUUGUUUUAUUGUUUGUAUGAUGUGAUUUCAUAAAGACUCAAAGAGGA